AAAUGAGACAAGACUUAUUAAAAUUUGUAUGCAGUAGUCAUACAUUCAUGAAAAAGUAAAUAUUUAACUGAAUAUGAUAUUUCCCAACAGGUGCCAUGGUACUUGCUGACCGUGGACUAUGCUGUAUUGAUGAGUUUGAUAAAAUGUCUGCAGAACACCAGGCUCUUCUGGAAGCUAUGGAGCAACAGUGUGUCUCUGUUGCAAAGGCUGGAUUGGUGGCAAGUUUAUCAGCUCGAACUUCUGUCUUAGCCGCAGCAAACCCCGUUGGCGGUCAUUAUAACCGAGCAAAAACUGUCAAUGAAAAUUUGAAAAUGAGUGCUGCUCUACUCUCACGAUUUGAUUUGGUUUUCAUAUUACUCGAUAAACCUGAUGAGUUAUUGGAUAAACGGGUCUCCGAGCACAUUAUGUCCCUUCAUGCUGGACCUGGAGAACAUUCUCCAGCUGCAAAAAAGCUAUGUACAGCUUCACUGAAUGCUCGAGACAUACGGACACAAAGUGGUUCUUUAGUUUCAAGAUUGAGACUUGACCCUAAGAAAGAUGCUGAUUUUGCUCCAUUGCCCAGUCAGCUUCUUCGGAAAUAUAUUGCUUAUGCAAGAACUUUUGUCUUUCCCAGGAUGUCAAGGCCAGCAGCCGAUAUCCUACAGAAGUUUUACUUACGAUUGAGAGACCAUAGCACAUCUGCUGAUGGUACACCAAUAACAGCAAGGCAACUAGAAAGUCUGGUAAGGCUGGCAGAAGCUCGAGCUAGGCUGGACUUAAGAGAAGAAAUAACUGCCCAAGAUGCUUUGGAUGUUGUUGAAAUAAUGAAAGAAUCCUUGUACGAUAAGUAUGUCGACGAACAUGGUUUUGUGGAUUUUGGUCGCAGUGGAGGAAUGAGUCAACAAAAGGAAGCAAAACGAUUUCUAAGUGCCCUGAAUAAGCAAUCAGAGUUGCAGCAAAAAGAUUGCUUUUCAAUUUCUGAAAUAUACAGUUUGGCAGAUAGGAUUGGCUUAAGAGUUCCAGAUAUUGAUACAUUUGUGGAUAAUUUAAACAGCGUUGGUUAUCUACUGAAGAAGGGGCCAAAGACUUACCAGGUGCUAUCAUCAUCUUAUUCACGGAGUUUGUCGUCAAGGUAGAGGGGCUAAGUUUUGCAGCACUGGAGAGCAGGUCAAAUAUUGUUUAUAUUGCUUCUCUAUUUCCUUUAAUUUGGUUACAAUACUUCAUAUGUAAUAUGAUUGGCUUCUGGCACUACUACACUGAUUGUUGCCUUGAAGUUUCCAAAUGUUACUUUGACUGUAAAAUGUGCGAUGUGUUAUUGACAUAUAAUGCACAUUGGAUUUAACCA